GCAGGGUUGAAUAUAAGAGUUCAGUUGUUUGCGCAGCCCUGGUUUUGCAUUGUUUUUACGCUGGCAUUAAUUAGAAUUGUCAAUGUCGAUAGAUAGCGCUGCGCAGGCACCGUGGAUAUAUAAUCGGUCCUUCAGAUAGCCAGUCCGCAUAUAUAUUCCCGAUCCCCCGAUUUCUGUUUUGUUUUGUUUUUGUUUGUUUUCCUAUUUUCCUUUCGGUUUUUGAAAACUAGAUAGUUAGUAUUAUUUUGUAAUUGAAACGACAAUGGAGGAGGAUUCGGCUGCUUUGGAGAGUUCCUACGAUUUCUCCAUCGUUCAGCCCGAUGAUCACGAAUAUGGCGAGGCGGAUAUACGCUUGACGGGCAGCUCCAACGACCUGUCCUUGUUACAGAAUGUAUCCGCCAGCACAACGAGAGGCACCGAAGGCAAGGGCCGUUUGGACAGCCUUAAAGAGAAUCUGUACAAGCAACAGGAACGCCUGACUGCCUUGAGAAAAUCGCAGGAUGGGCGACGCAAGCCCAGCAUGAGUGACUCCAUGGAGUCGCUGAAGACGCUGGGACAGAAGCUCACCGUGCUGAAGGCGCGUUCCGGCGGCACCUCCACUCCACUGGUCACGCCCACGAAGGAUACCGCCCCAGCAGGAACAGGAGCAGGAGAGGUUUCGUCGCUCCAAACCAGCGGCAGUGAGAAGCUACUUAUGCUCACCCAGCGCACCGAGCAGAAUCGCGCUUUAUUGGAGCAACGCAAAAGGGAUCUGGCCAAAUCCCUGCUCUCCGUAAAGUCGAAUAUUGGCCAUCAAAAUACCGCCGAGCUGGGCUCUUCCAUGACGGAUCUGCGGCAGACUAUGACAAGCUCCAAUCCGCCCGUUUCCCGUCACCGUUCCGCCUUGGAUUUGGAGGCCCAGGGUCAGGAGCCGCUGGACGAGAGCCGGGUAAAGUUGCUCAAGAGUCGCAUGAAGCUGACGGAACUCAAGCAGGGUCGCCAGGAGCUGGAGAUGCAGGAAUUGCGCACGGAACUGGCCAAGCGCGCCAAUCUCAUCGAGCAAUUGGAGCUAUCCGGUGCCGAAUUGCAGCGCACGCUCACUCAGCGAAAUCAGGAGUUGGAGCAAUUGCGUCUGGGCCAAAGGGAGGCAGAGACCAAGAAGGAGGAGGUGGAGGUGGUGGAGGAAAGCCUGCAGGAGCAGGAGCAUUCCCGCCUCCAGGGAGAGGUGUUAGUCCUAAGAGAACGACUGGCAGAGCUGGAGAACAUAAACGAUCUGCUAGAGACGACCCGCUGUGAACUCCAGGAAGAGCUAACCACUGCACGCGAACGGGAAAGGCAGCGGGAUCUGGAGCUGGAACUGGAGCACGAGAAGUCUUCCAGCAGUCGGCAGUCGGAGACGGCGGCCACCGAUGCCCAGGUGAGCCUGGAGCUGGCCAAACAGCUCCAGGAGCUCACCAAUCAACUGAGCGAACUGCAGGCUACCAACGAGGAGCUGCGUCAGGAGUUAGUCGCCCGAACGAAGCUCCAGGUGAGCGAUGAGAGUAUUUCUGCCCGACUGGAGGAACUAGAAGCCACCAUAACAGCUCAAUCAUUGCAACUGGAGAAGCAAAAGUCCGCAAUGGCUGGCCAAAGUGAAGAACUAGCCGAAAAGACCACGGAACUCAAUGUGCUCAAUGUGAAUCUGCGUCUGCUGGAGGAGAAACUGGCCCAAAGCAGUCGCAGUAAACCCCUUUUCCUCGACGAUCAUCUGGAGGACAGCGGGGCCAGCAAGCAGCUGCAGGAGGAACUGCAGCAGCUGAAGCAGAAGUUGGACGAGUCCAACAAGGCGAACAUCAAGCUGAAGCUCAAGUGCAAGCAGACGGAGAAGCAGCUGCAGAAACUGCAGUCCCAGGAUGGCCAGCAGCAGUUGGCCACACUGGCGGCGGAUAACGAGCAGCUGCAGCAGAGGAUCACGGUCCUCGAGGACGAGAAGGGCCAGUGGCAGUUGGCCAACAUGCAGGAGGACGAGGAGGAGAAGGAUAAGGAUCGCGAAGAGAGGGAUACCCAGCCGGAGCAGCCGGCGGAGUCCAAUCCCCUGCAACUGGAGGCCAUUCGCCUGCUGGAAGAGCAGAAAUUGGAAUUGCAACAGGCCCUGGAGGCACUGCAGCAAGGUCACGAGUCCGCCCGCGUCGAAUCCGAACUGAGCGAAGCUCAAAUGGAGGAGCAGCUGACCCAACGUGUUCAGCAACUUGAACAGGAGGCCCAGGAGCAGCGUCAUCAGCUGGACACCCUGCAAACGGAAAAGGAAACGCUGGACAAGAAGCUAACGCACUAUAUCAACGAGAACAUGGAGUUGCUGGACAAGCUGGAGAAGCUGAGCUCGUCCAGUUCGGCGGAAUCCAUUGAAAUCGUGGAGCGGCAGCAACUAGAAUGCUUUGGCCAACGACGUCCGGCCAGCGAGGGUGAUGCUCAGGAGCAGAAGCAGGUGGAUCCGGUCCAGCAAGUGCCCAGUCAUGUCAGCGAGCUCACCCAGACGGAUCAAACGCUGGAGGAGGAGGAGUCGGGUGGCGAGAGCCUAUCCCAUCUCAGAGAACGCCUCGAACUGUUCACACAGGAACGCGGCGAGGUCUUGGACAAACUGGAGCAGCUGUCCGCGGAGAAUUUGCAACUGCAGGCCAGAUUGGAGGAGAGUUCCAGCUCCCUGCAGUUGCUGCAGCGUGAACGUGAAAAGGAUCUGCUCUCCUCCACGUCCACCUCGUCGAAUCUCUCGCAGGAACUCAGCUCUAUGCAGCGCUCCUCGGAGGUGGUGGCCACCUUGGAUGCCGGCGAAGGUGGCCCUGUGCUCUUCGAGAAAUGCGAGAAAUCGCUGAGUAAACUCAACUCGGAACUGGAGGCCUAUCGCCGGGCCAACGACCGCCAGGCCAAGUUCAAUGUGUCCAAGAAACUGGCCAAGGAGGCCAAGAACUGUCACACCCAGUUGAGCGAGCUGCUGCACAAGGUGAAGGAGGCCAGCACGGCGGUGGAAACUGUGACCGUGGUGGAGACCGUGGUGGCCGUCACCGCCCCCAAUGGCAAAGCUCUGGCGGAGUACGAGCAGCUGAAUGCCCAGAAUGCGGAACUCAAGGCGGUGAUAUCGCGUUUGCGGCAGGAAUUGGAUGAAAUGAGGGAUAGCUAUCCGGAAGCAGAGGGACCGCCGUUGGCCAUUGUUAGUUUGGACAAUCAAAAGGACCAGGAGGAGUUCCUCCAUCUGCAAUCGCUGCUCGAGGACACACGCUCCGCGCAGGCCGAGCAGCGUCAGCAGAUCGAGGAGCAGCUGGAGCAGAUCCGGGAACUGCGACAAAUCGAGGCGGAUCAGUUGCAGUUGGUGGCCAGGCAAAGUGCCGAGAUCACACAGCUUCAGUUGCAAGCGGAGCAAUUCGAUCAGCUGCUGAACGCCAAGGAAAUGAGCCACGAGAAGCAACUGGAGCAGCAGACACGGAUUCGUCGAGAGUUGGAGUCAGGUGGCGAGUCGCUCGAGGGUGAACUGAGCAUCCUGCAGGCUCUGGUGGCCGAGCAGAAGCAGCAACUCAUCGAGAACCUCAGCGAAAGUGAGCACACUCUCAACCUAAAGCUGCUGGAGCUGCAGUCCGCCCAAGAGGAGCUACGGGAAUUGAGGGCCAAAGAGGAUCCGGAUCAACUGAGGGAGGCACUGCGCAUCAGCAAGAGUCUGGCUGCCCAGCAGGUCAGUGAAUUGGCCUCCAGCCAGGAGACGAUCGAUGCGCUGAACCAGCAAAUCCAGGAGCUUUACCAGGGCGUGGAACAUGCCCGCCAGGAGGAGCAGCUCAAGACCCGUGAAUUGCGCGAGAAGCUCAAGAAGUAUGCCCUAAACCUCAAGAAGCGCACCCAGGACAAUGCCGAACUCGAGCAGAAGAUCCAGGAGCUGACCAGUCAACUUCAAGAACAGCAGCAGCAGGUGGCCAAGGAGCCCGAACCGCUGAUGGAUACCCAACAAGUGGAGAAGCUGCAGCAGCAGGUCAGCAAACUCAACGAAGAUCUCAAGGCCAAGAUCCAUGUGAACCUCGAGAAUCGCGAUGCACUGCGUCAGCUGAAGCAGCAAAUCCAAGAGCAAGAACUACUGAUCCAGGCACGCGAUACGGAGCUCCAAGAUGCCAACCUGGUGAACAAGGAGCUGCGACGCGAGCGCCAAGAAGCCGAGGAGGAGGUCUUCCAGCAGGGCCAGGAGAACUCCAGGCUCAGGCAGGAAAUCUCCCAGCGGCAGCAGGAAAUCCACAAUCUCGAACAGAAGCUAAGCAAUCAGCCGACGGCGGCGGUCGAGGAUUUGCAGCGCCAAUUGGAGCAGAAAUCCAAGAAAUUCGAAAAGUCCAAGGAGCUAAUAAAGCAUCGCAAUGCCACCAUUCAAGCGCUGCAGCGGGACCUCCAGCAGUUGCAGCAGGAUCAGGCCAGCGAGGUGGAGCAUGUGCGCACCAAGCGAGCAGCUGCGCAGGAGCAACUGCAUCUGGAGAAGGAUGAGGAGAUUGCCUCCCUGCGCCAGGAGAUUGCCCAAUUGCUGGAGAGCCAAAGGAUUAGCGCCGCCGGCGAAGGCGAUGUCACCAUUAAUAAGAUAACACAACAACCAUUGGAAUCCCAAUCGCUCCAGCAAGCGGAAUCCCUGCAAGCGGCCGAAAAGGAGCACCAGCACCUUCGUGUCCAAUUGACGGCGGCCCAGGAGCAGCAUUCGCUGCUGGCGCAGCAGUAUGCCGGCGAUAAGGCCAACUUUGAGAUGACCAUCGCGCGCCUGGAGACGAUUCACGAGGGCAUUCAGGCCAAGCUGCAGGAGGAUGCCUCGUACAUUGAGUCGCUGGAGGCGCACAACACGGAGCUGCUGGCCCGGAGCGCUGUCCUCGAGGAGCAGGCCGCCAGCCAGGCCAACCAGCAGGCGGCUGCCCAGGAUCACACACAAUUACUGGAGCAACAGCUGCAGCAACGGCGCGAGCAGGAGGAGCAGCAGCGUGAGCAGGAUCAACAGCUGCAGGAGCGUCUGUACGAACUGCAACAAAGGGAGCAGGCUCAAAGCCGCCAACUUGAGCUGGCCACCGGCGAAGCGGAGGAGUCCAGGCAACAAUUGACUCGCCUCCGCGCGGAAUACGAGUCCCUGCUGUCCAAACAGGCUCAGCAGGCGGCCGCUGCCCAGGCAGAGCGGGAGCAGCUGAACAGCACCAGUCAGGAGGAGCUGGCCGAUCUCCACCAGCAACUGGCCGCCAAGGAGGCGGAUCUGCAGCGUCAGCGACAGGUGUACGAUGCCAAGCUGGCCGCCAAGGCCACCGAACUGGAUGAGCUCGAGUGUGACCUCAAUGGUCAUGUGGAGCGAGCGGCUGCCGAGACGCGAGAUCUUGUCCAGCAGCUGGAGCGGUCCCAAGAGCUUGUCAGCCAGCGGGCGGAGGAGCUGCAGCGACUCAGCGAGGAGUUCCAGGAGGUGGAGCGCGAGAGAUCUACCCUGAGCCGCGAAGUGACCCUGCUGCGCUUGCAGCAGGACAGUGCCGAGCAGGAUGUGUUGGAGCUGCAGGAGCUGCGCAUGCAGGCGCUGCAGGACAAGACCGAAAUGGACAACCUGCGCACCCAGAUCGAUGCGCUCUGCGCCAAUCACAGCCAGGAGUUGCAGGCCCUGCAGCAGCAAAUCGCCGAGCUGGAUACUCUGGGCCAGAAUCAAACGGACGACCAGGUUUACAUCGAGACGGAGAACAGGCGGUUGGCCGAGCAGCUAAGCGAGCUGCAGGCACAGUUGGCCAGGCAGCAGCACCACCAGCAACAACAACAGCAGCAUCAUCAUCACCUUCAUCCUGUGGUUCAACAGACUCAGCAGCAUCCUCCUUCGACUUCCCUGUUCUUCGGCGGUGAUGCUUUGGCCGCACCCUCGCCAUUCGAUGAGAUUGCGGCACAGCCCUUAAAGGUCUCCUCGUUAGGUGCAUCGGUUCCACCGCCACCCAUUCCCACGCCACCCACCAUCGAGGAUCUGCAGCGGAAUGUGUCCGACCUGGAGAAGCAUGCCCAGGAUCUGGAAACGAAGCUGCUGGCGCGCAAUCAAAGUCUGUCGGAGCAGGAAGAGCGACGCCUGCAGUUGGAGCAGCACCUAAUGGAAUUGGAGCGCCUGCUGAGGGAGCGGGAUCAGCAGCUGGCCGAGAUUAAGUCGGCCAACGAGGAGCGUGAACGCCUGGCGGCGCUGGAGAAGCUCAUCCAACCGGCGGCAGCGCCCACUCUGGACAUGUUCUUUGGCGGGCAAGCUGCUGGGGAAACAGUGCACGAUGCCGUGAGUCACCAUUUGGACCUGGGCCUGCCGCAGGUGGAGCCAGUGGAGGAACCUCUAAUUCAGCCCAAAAAGGCAUAUUUGUGCCAGCCGAAGCAGGAACACGUGGAGCAGCAGCCCAUAGAUUGGGGCAUGGACGAGGAUCCGUGGGCGAGUGCCGCCACCGAAGCGCCGCAAACGGAUGUGGAACCACUGCACGCCAGGAUCGCCCACUUGGAGCUCCAGUUGGCCAAUGCGGAGCAGCAAAAGACCGAACUGCAGACCAAGGCGGCCAAGCUGAUGAAGCGCCUCAAGGAAUACAAAACGAAGGCGACAACGACUGUGGCCGCAACGCCCACAUUGGCAGUGGAUAACGAUCUGGAUACGGCCAUUAUCGAGGAGCUGAAGCACCAGCUCCAGUUGCACGAAUCCCGUCAAGCCAAGGCCGAUGAGCUAACACAGCAGCACGCCCUGGAAAAGGAGAAGUUAGCGAAGCGCAUCGAUGUCCUGACCGCCGGCAACGAACGUAUGGCGGAGCUGAAGGAGCGCCAGGACAUGGAUGUGCAGAUGUAUCAGGCCCGCAUCCGGGAGCUCCAGGAGAAGCUCAGCCAACUGGACCAGUGGGAUGUGCCCCCAACUUCAGCUCCUGCUCCAGCCGCUCCUGCUGCUGUCUCCUCAUCAUUGAGCGGCGAUGAGGUGGCGAGGAUGGAAAAUCUACAGGCGGAGAACCAGGAUCUGAAUGCAGAGUGCCAGGAGCUGCAGGAGAAACUGAAAGAGGAGAGACGACUGGUCCAGUUGGCCGAGGAAACCAACGCCCAGGUCCAGGACCAAAAGGAGACCCUGGAGGAGCAGCUAAGAGAGCGUCUGCAGGAGGUGGAGGAGUUGAGGCAGGGACAGGCCAAUGUGGAGGAGUUGCAGGCUCUUAAAGUGGAGGUGGAGUCCCUCAGGAAGCUUCACGGCGAGGUGGUUCAAUUGAGGAGCCUUCAGACAGAAGUGGAGCACUUAAGGACCCUCCAGAUUGAAGUGGAGCAGUUGAGGAGCCUUCAACCCGAACUGGAGCACUUGAGGAGCCUUCAACCCGAACUGGAGCACUUGAGGAGCCUUCAACCUGAACUAGAGCACUUAAGAACCUUCAAAUUGCAGCAGGACUCGUUGCACAGCCAAAAUAUCCAAGAAGAUCAGUUACAGAGUAAAAUAAUUGAGCAGGAUCACUUGGAGUUCCAACGAGUAGAACAGGAACACCUGCGGCAACUCCAGAGUGAGGUGGAGCACCUGAGAUCCCAGCGGAACAACCAACGACUGGAGUUCCAGCAACUGAGCCACCAACUCAUCGAACUGGAAGCACAACGCGCACGCGACCAAGCCGAAUUGGAGGCACUGCGUCGGAUCAGAAGUCAGGAGCCUGCGGUGGAUGUGGACUCCAGGAACGAUGAGCAAAUGGUCCAAUUGCAGGAGAAGGAAGCGGAGAUUGUCCACCUGAAGCAGCGCAUCGAGGAGCUGAUGCGCGAGGAUCAAACGGAGAAGCUUGUCUUCGAGAUCCUGACCAAGAACCAGGAGCUUCAAUUGCUGCGCAUGCAGGUCAAGCAAUUGGAGGAGGACAGGGAGGAUCACCAGGAGACAGCUGCUACUGCUGUGGCUGCGAGUGAUGGGGAAUCCGUAGAACGGCUGCGUGUCCAGUGCCAGCAGCUUCAGCAGGAAAAAUCCGACAUGGAGGAGGAGCUGCGUGUGCUUAACAAUCACGUUCUCGGCAGCCUGGAGCUGGAGGAUAGGAUGAAGCAGACGCUGCUUCAGCUGGAUACGAAAAACAUUGAGAUCACCGAACUGCGCCGCACCCUCGAGGUUUUGCAGAGCCAAAAUCUUGGCCAGACUCCCAAUCCCAAUCCCACACCCACAAUCCCUCAGCAAAUUCCCGAUCUGGCGGCCAUUAAUCAGCAGUGGGAACAGUUGGUGGAGCAAAAGUGUGGCGAGGUGGCCAGCAUUUGGCAGGAGCAUCUUGCGCAGCGUGAGGCGGCCUUCAAGGCGCAGCUGGAGGAGAUUGGCCAGCAGAGGGAGCAGGCAAGGGUACAUCAGCCAUCCACGCAACAGCCAGGAGAAGCCAGCGAGGACAUGAUGCAGAAGAUGCAAAAGGCCCUGGAAACGCAGGAAAUGGAGAUCGUCACGCUCAAGGAGCAGCUGGCCAUCCGUUCGGCAGAGUACGCUCGUCUGGCGGCCCAAUACGAUCCCUUCCGGCUGCAGAAUCGCGGGGGAUCCGGUGGAAAUCCAUCUCCGUCCGCCGGUGCCGCCUCAGCUGGUGGACCACCGCCGUUAACUGCCAACGAACCACUGCCCGAGUAUGUGCUUAAGGCGGACCUCGACUACGCCCUGAUGAUGCUUCACCAGCGGGACAUGCGCGUCGAGGAGAUGAUCCUGGAACUGGUGCAGCUGCUCGAGGAACGUGACCAUCUGCAGUUGAAGCUAUCGGACACGCUGCGCCAGUUGGAAACGGAGCGCAGUCGCGUCAGCGAUGAACCCGUCUGCGCCACUGCAUCCUCAUCGGCCGCCUCGGGCAGCAGCCCCAGCAAAACCAGCAGCGCCGGAAGCAGCAGCGAGCUCCUGGGAACCACAACCAGUGCAACCAGUGACCUCAAGCAAAAGCUCGCAGAGUUGCAGACGGUUAAGCAUUCCAAGGACAAGGCCAUUGUGGACGAGCGCGAGCAGCGCCUGCAGCAGAUGAUCCAGCUGCAGAAGGACAUGGCCAAGCAGCAGGGAUCAGGAUCUGGACAGGGAUCAGUAGCGACAUCCCCUUCCGCACCACCAACAAUCGGCGAGGAUCUCUCUCAGUCCGCAUUGCGCUCGCCAUCGAUGAUGCUCAUGGACUGGAUACUGGGCAACAACAACAAGGAGGAGGAGACCUCCGGCUAGCCCUUCCCCAUUCACCGGCGAGGACAAGCACGAACCCAAGAUGCCUUCAGAUGGGCUCCCACGACUAGCACUUUGAUAACGAAUCAUAGCAUUAACCCUAAUUCUGGCCUUCCUUGCGCGGACGAUGGCGAUAGCGAUAGCGUUAGAGUUCUUUAUACGAUAUUAUGUACCUUGGCUAGCUGAAAGGCUGGCCCCGGAAUUCCCGAUUCCCGAUUUUGUUCCAAACGCGUACGUUUUAUGUUGUAGAUAUGUAAAAAUUGUAUAAAACAAAACGAAAUGAAGCGAAGCAGAAGCAAAAAGAAAAAAAAAACGAGAAAAUUUAACUAAAGAAUUUAAGAAUUAAACCAAAAUA